GACCGGUACCGGGCCGCACAGAAAGUAUAAAUAACGUAUUUCACUUUAUUGACUAUUGGCGUCUGUCGGGUGUUUUAUUUUGAAAAAUGACCGGAAUGUCUGUCCAUUACAUCCGUCUGUGCUUCCUGAUACCGCUUGACACACACCGAUCUCUGUCAUGGCUGUGACGUCCGACAAAUAAAAACAGCUAGCUAACUAGCUAAAGAGUAAAACACAAAUGUCUGUGAAGAGUUUCUUUGAAAGAGGGAAAUGCCCAACGAUGAAACAGCAGAAAAGUCUAAGACUGUCAAGAAAAACAAAACUGCAUUUAAUGGGAAAUACCAGGAGUCCUACUUAAAAUACGGCCUUAUCCUGACAGGUGAUUCACGUGCUCCAGGCCCCCUGUACAUGAUAUGUGGCGACAGGCUAUCAAAUGAGGCAAUGAAGCCUUCAAAACUGCUUCAACACAUAGAGACAAAGCACCCUGCAUUAGAAGACAAGACAGAACUCUUGUUCUUCAAAGAAAAACGGACAGGACAGAACGGAGAAACGGACGGACAGAAGCAAGUCUUCAGGACCACCACAGCAGCAGGUGUAGCUGCCCAGAGAGCACCGUACUUCGUGGCUAACGUUGCUAAAGCUAAGAGGCGUCCUUUCACUGUUGGUGAAGAGCUGAUGCUGCCUGCUGCUAAGGACAUCUGCCGUGAACUUGCUCCCUCUGAUUCUGCGUUAUGCUCAGCUGAGGAAAAGUCUAAAAGCACUGCCUUGGGCCUGCAUUGUACUCAAAGGACUGACAUUUGCUGACAUCCGGUGUAAUGUCAUCUAUUUUCAGCUUUUAAGGGUGCUCUCAUAUUCCAACUCAAAAAAGAAGAAAAAAAAGACUGAGAUAUUCAACUGGAUUUGCCCUUGAAUUAUCCAAUUGAUCUCCACCCUUGGGUCUUUCUACACAUUUGGCUUUAAUAAACA